UGGCCCGCGACGUGGGGCUGUAUGUCCUGGUGCGGCCAGGGGCCGUACAUCAACGGAGAGCUCAGCGCCGGGGGCAUGACGCUGUGGGCCACAACAGGGGAAUACGGCACCCUCCGGCUGAACGGCACGGCUUACACGGGACGCGUGGAUGCCGUACAUGGAUGGGAUUGCGUAAGUGACCCGGCCCUUCCAGAUCACCGAGAAUGGGACGGUCAUCAUGUUCCAGAUCGAGAAUGAGUACGGCAACCAGGGGAGGGAUGUCACCAACAAGAUCCCCAGCCGGGAGACCAUCUCGUA